AUGAAUCGAUCGAAAUUUCCAUCACCGAGAAUAAGUUAUCCAAGUGUAUAUAGCCAAAGAACCCGAUUUAAAACCAAAAAGUUUCCGAAAUCUGCAAGAGAAAAGUACCUUCCUCCAUUAGAAGAACCUAUCGACGAAUUUCAUGAUCCUCUUACAUUAGAGAACGAUAAAAGGUUGUUGUUAGAAGAAAUAGAACAAAUUAAAUCAGAAAUCAAACCAUUAAAUGCACAAAUUGAUGAGUUUCAAAAACAAUAUUUUGGAACUAGUGAAGAAGGUCCUCAAUCACCACGCUCUAUGGCAUUAAAUACGCAAAAAUACAUUUCAGCUCAAGUUGCAAACCUUCACACUGAACAAGACGAGCUCUGUAUUGAGUUAGCUCGCGUUCGUAGACUUUAUUCAGAAAAAACGCAAAAUAAAUUGAAUUUUGAUAUUAAUUACCAACGAUCUCAGUUAAAUGAUCUUACUGCAGAGUAUAAUCAGCUUACAGCUCAAAUAAAUAUUUCGAAGAACGAAUUAGAUCAGUUAAUGGCAUCAGAUAGUACAUAUUUAAUUCAGAACCAAGCUAAACAAAUACAGCUACUUCAAAAUACACUUAGUCAACUUCAAGCAGAUGAAUCGGAAAUGAUCCAGAAAUAUAUGAGCUUAGUUAACGAUGUUCCACAAGUUGCUCAAACAGAAAACAUUUUAGCGCAAAAGAAGAGACAACUCAUUACAGCAGAACACACAAAAAUAAGAUUUUCUGUAGAAUUAAGAAAACUUAGGAAAGAAUAUGAUGAUCAGAUUAGUUAUCUAGAACGAGAAAUUGCUGAUAGGGAAAAUCAAGCACAAAUUAAGCAAAAUAGAGAUAAUUGGAGAAAAAUUUUAUUUGAACCCUCAAGAAGUCGUCAAACUAAUACUAGUUCAGUACCUGCAGAAAAUACAACUAAGUCAAUAGAAAAUAAUAAUCAAAAUCAAGCAAAUUUGGCUGAAACCAACAAUGAAGAAGAAGAAAUGCUUGAUAUUAAAGAAUUUAUUCAUUCUGAUACAUUCUUUGCAGAUCAGUUUAAUGAAAUUAGUCAUUCAUUGAUUAUUCCUUCGGAAAAAUAA